AAAAAAUGGCUACAAGUUAGGAAAGUCAUCCUCAUCACAGCAACAAAUCGAUCGAUCUGACACUUACUACGCAGUGACAUAACAUAUAUCAAUCCAGAGAGGUAACAUUGAAUUGUGUUGGAAGAAGGCAAACAAAAAUUAUGGCUGCAUUACCAGCUGGUAAAGGGAUCUCAUACCAGUUUGAGACUCAAGGCAGUUUUGACUGGGAUAAGUACUUAGCUGAAACGGGAUCAAAACCAGCUCCUGAAAGUUGUUUUAAACAGUCGUUGAUUCCUCCUGUCAAUGAAUUCAAAUUGAACAUGAAGAUAGAGGCAGUUGACCCCAGAAAUCUGACCUCAAUUUGUGUGGCAACAGUUGUGGGAAUGAUUGGGCCACGACUCCGACUGCGGCUGGAUGGAAGUGAUGACAAAAACGACUUUUGGAGACUUGUUGAUUCCUCAGAUCUCCACCUCAUUGGUUAUUGUGAAUUGUACGGAGCACUCCUACAACCCCCCUUAGGAUUUCGAAUGAACCCAUCAUCCUGGCCAGCAUUCUUACAGAAGACUUUAAAUGGAGCAGAAGUUGCCCCAGAAGAAUGUUUUAAAAAGGAACCUCCUACACCUAAAUGUAACGAGUUUAAGGUGGGAAUGAAGUUGGAAGCAGUAGAUAGAAAAAAUCCACAGCUCAUUUGUCCAGCGACGGUUGGUGCAGUGAAUGGAGACCAGAUUCAUGUGACAUUUGAUGGAUGGAGAGGAGCGUUUGAUUACUGGUGCCGAUAUGACUCUAGGGAUUUAUUUCCCUGCAACUGGUGUUUCAAGAGUGGCCACCAUCUCCAGCCUCCUGGCCAGAAAGGAAAUCCUCCUUUAAAGUCUUCUAAAGGAAAGGAAGUGCCGUUGACUAUAUCUCUGCCCACAUCCAACACCUCAGGAAAUAAUGGAUCUAAAGCAUCACCAUCUCUUGGAGGUGGAGCUGGGAAAUCCCUCCAUUCUAACUCUACUAGUCCCAAUCUGACAGAUAACAAACCACUUUCUCCCAGAGAGGCUGAGUCACCUGUUGUUACAGUCACAGAACCUGAUACAAGUUCACCAAGUGCUGCUACAGUGUGUGUCUAUGUGAACCAUGGCUGUAACUGUGGAAUGUACCUACAAUCAAAAAAGAUCUGUCAGCUACCUAGUCAGUUUGGUCCAGGAACAAUGGUGAAGGUGCUCAGAGAAGUGGUUCAAACAUGCAUUGAUAGUGCUACACAUGAAAAGCAGGUGUAUAACUGUAUUCAGGAAGGCAGUGGUAAAGUCAUUGUUACAGCAAACCAAGGAAACAAAACCCACACAAAGCGGUUACCUGUUAUCGACAAGGUAUCAAGUCUGUGGUGUUUCAUAGAGCGCAUGCUGGAAGACCUGGGAUGUUGCGAAAACCUGUUCACAAGUCAACCACUUCAUGGAUUUUGUCCAAAAUGUGGAAGGAGCAAAAGUAAAACAGAAGACGAUUCAGAAAAAAUGACAAAAAUUAUUAUGAAGAGACGAUGGUCAACAGAGUCAGUAGAUAGUCAAAAAGGAGCCAAACAUCAACAUCAAAAGAUGAGACGGUAUUCAGAAUACACCGCUGAAGCAAGCUCCACCACUGCUGACCCAAGACCGAUUCACAAAUUAGGAAAUGACCCCUUGGAAUGGUCAAUUGAGGAGGUCAUCCACUUCAUAUGUGAUACAGAUGCUGCCUUGACACCCCACACAGAACUCUUUAGGAAACAUGAAAUAGAUGGAAGAGCUCUGUUGUUACUGAACAGUGACAUGAUGAUGAAAUACAUGGGACUCAAGCUUGGCCCAGUUCUCAAACUUUGUAAUAUCGUGGAGAAACUCAAGAAUAAGAAGUAAAAGCAAUCAUGACAUUGUUAAAGUCCUUUUGGUUUCUCGUACCUAAGGUGCAUAGAGUGAGAUGGAAACGUGGCAGUUUAAAUUUGACAUAUGUACAGGAAACGUGGGGGUUGUUUUCAUGCAUCAUCAAGUGUAAUUUGUAAGUGUAGAUCUUGGUCAAACUGUGUAAAGACUGCCUACACCUUCAUUACUGAAAAUAGCCUUUAUGAAUAUGACUUCACAUGUGAUACCCCAUUUAACUUGACAAUGUUAAGAAAGGGUCACAGAUAUUUGAUGCAAGUUUCUGUGUAAAGAUUGGAAAAUCAAGAGAAUAUGAACCACUUCUCUUUACCGUAGAUCACUUUUAAAACAAUCAUUAAAUCGACAUUGAUCGAUAAGCUUAGUCAAUACCAGUUUUAAAUUAUUUAAUAAUACCUGUUCAAAAAAAGAAAUGCAAGAAUGAUGUUAUCGUUAUUUUGUUUCUUUAAAUGAGAUUUUCUUAAUAAUUAGAAAUAGGACUUAUUUAAUUUUUCUUGGACCAGUUUGACACUUACUGUUCCAAAUUAUAGUAUAAAAGACUUUUGUUAAUGUAAGCAUGUUAAUGAUGUAAAGCAGUUGAGCUAUUUCAGACUUUAUGUUGAUACUGAUAAAAAUGUACAUGAACUUCAAUAUUGUUUUUCUAGAAAUACAUAUAAAUAUUUCAAGAUUUUAAAAUAUUCAUACACCUCCAAGUGCAAAUUGGUCAAUGAUUUUGGUUUUAUGUAUAUAAAACAUUAGGGAAUUAAGUAUGUAAUUUAGAAUCUGAAUGAAACAAAGUAUAUUUUGUCAGGACUUGGGGGAAUUUCAAAGAUGUGUUCAUUUUAUUGCAACUUUAAUACAUUGAAGGGGUUGUCAGGUUCUCUGCCAAUGAGAGAUUCAGAGGAUUUUUCUUCAGGAUGAGAAAAGAGAAACCUUUCACAUACAGAAACAGAUUUGGUUUGAAAAACAAUCAUUUUGAUUUACAUUAAUUGACAUUAGUCCCUUAAGUUUUGUGUCUAAUUGCAAAGUCUUAGAUUUGGACUGGUGUGGUUAGUGUUACUCUUCUCAAAACGAACUGGAAGUUUUUUUUAAAUUUUUCAAAUUACUUAAUUACACGGUUUCAUUUCACAUUCUCAAAGUAGAAUUAAUCUGAAUUUGUUGACCAGUUAUAACAUGAAUGUUACAGGGUGUGAUGAGAUGUUCCUUGUAAGGUAGUUGUAAAUUUGAGUCAGCAUGUUAUCACAAAGUAACUUUGUAUCCUUUAUACAUGAUGAUUGAAGGAGAAAAUUUUGUGAUUAGUGCUUAAAUUAUUUGUAAUGUCAAUACAUUACCACAUAGGGCUUGUUAAUUCUUGUAAAUGGCAAAUAUUUCGGUGCGUUUAACUGUAAUAUACUUUUUACCUGUAACUGUCAGUUAUCGUAGAAUGUAUAGAGACAAAGUUCAGUUCUGUGUAGGUUUCGUCAACUUUUUGUUGUGUGAUUAAAUGUAAAUGUAUUAGUAUGUGGAGUCUAUGCAGCAAGAAUGACAGUUCAUUUUUAUUUGUUAGUAAGCAUUGAUAAUGUAUGCUUUGAUCUAACUUGUUUGAUAAUGUCAUGAUGUUUAAAUAAACUCUGUCCAGCUGAACAAGUUAUCUAACUUGUAAAUGUCACUGCAUUGUUUUCUAAUCAAAUAUUGAUACUUUAUAUUAAAUUAGCCUAUGCAGUUAGAAGUAGCAGUUUGUUAUUUAGAAAGUAUCAAUGCUAGCUUUGUGUAUGUUCAAUAUCUGAUUAUUUCGUGAAUUAGCAGUGACGGAUUGUAUGUUUUAUCAUGGCAGAU